AUGCGCCCUGCGAGGAGUUGCAGUGGCUCACAGCGCACAGUUGGUCUAUACGCGUGUGUGCGAUUCAGUGUGUUUGAUCUAGGCUCGUGCUCUCGCAACAAGUACACAAUAAUCAGCUUUAAGUUCUUGCUCUCCUUAAGGGAUCCAAGUAUAUCCAGCGAUCAUCCACAUUCAAAAAAAUUUCUCAAACGACAAUGAGCGAACCGCAGUGUAAGAAAAGCAAGAUGACGAGCACGUUGGACCAGCUCAAGGCGAUGACCACUGUAGUCGCCGACACCGGUGAUUUCGAAGCUAUGGAGCAGUUUAAGCCUACAGAUGCUACAACCAAUCCUUCCUUAAUUUUGGCAUCAGCGAGUCAAAAGAAAUAUGCUCACUUGGUAGACAAAGCCGUGCAUUUUGGCAAAAAAGCUGCAUCAACACUGAAAGGACAAACAGAGGCGGCAAUCGAUUACACUUGUGUUAUGUUCGGUCAAGAGAUUUUGAAAAUCAUUCCUGGUCGAGUUUCUAUCGAAGUUGAUGCUCGAUUGUCAUUCGAUAAGCAAGCUAGUAUCACAAGGGCGAGGAAAAUUAUUUCGAUUUUCGAAGAGGCUGGCGUUAGCAAAGAGCGUAUUCUCAUCAAACUGGCAUCUACUUGGGAAGGAAUUCAAGCUGCCAAAGAACUUGAAGAAAAAUAUGGAAUUCAUUGUAAUUUAACUCUUCUCUUUUCGUUUGCACAAGCAGUUGCUUGCGCUGAAGCUGGAGUUACUCUUAUUUCUCCGUUCGUCGGCAGAAUUUUAGAUUGGUACGUGGCUAACACUGAUAAGAAAACCUAUGAAGCUAAAGAGGACCCUGGAGUAAUAUCUGUUACUAAGAUUUACAAUUACUACAAGAAGUUUGGUUAUAAAACCGUAGUAAUGGGGGCGUCUUUUAGAAAUGCUGAUGAAAUCAAAGCUCUCGCUGGUUGUGAUUUUCUAACUAUCUCUCCAAAACUUUUGGAGGAACUUGAUAAAAGUAGCGAUCCACUGCCUCGAAUACUUAAUCAAGAAACAGCUAAAAACUCAGAUGUACAAAAGAUAAGCUUUGAUGAAGCCACAUUUAGAUGGCACAUGAAUGAAGACCAGAUGGCAACAGAUAAACUUAGCGAUGGAAUUCGUAAAUUCGCUGUUGAUAUCCGUAAAUUGGAAAAACUUUUACAAGAAAAGCUUCAAUGUUAAAUAUGUAGAACUGCUUCAAAUUUUUUAUUUUUAAGUACAUUGUUAAAAUAAGAUUUUUAAUAUUAUACAGUUUUGGAAUUUUACGUAUUGUGUAUAUACAUUUUACAGUAAAAGAGCUCGAUAUUUGUAAAGUUCAAUUUUAUUGAAAAUAUAUAUUUAUAAGGAAACUUAAAUAGUGUGGCC